AUGGCUCCGAGGAAAAACAAAGUUGCCAAAGAAGAGGUGCAGGUAACUCUUGGCCCUCAACAUUUGGUUGGGGAGACCGUUUUUGGAGUUGCUCAUAUAUUCGCUUCUUUCAACGACACAUUCGUACAUGUUACCGACUUGUCUGGCCGGGAAACUAUUGCCCGAGUCACUGGAGGCAUGAAGGUUAAGGCCGAUCGUGACGAAGCUUCUCCCUACGCUGCUAUGUUGGCCGCACAGGAUGUUGCUGAGAAAUGCAAGACUCUUGGAAUCACAGCUCUCCACAUCAAGCUCCGAGCAACCGGUGGCAACAAGACUAAGACGCCAGGCCCCGGAGCACAGUCUGCCCUCCGUGCAUUGGCUCGUUCAAACAUGAAGAUUGGCCGCAUUGAGGACGUCACUCCGGUGCCAUCAGACUCUACCCGCAGGAAGGGAGGUAGACGAGGACGCAGGCUGUAA